GGUGUUACAGUGUUUAUGCAUGAAGGAGAAAUCUCAGCUCUGCGCAACUUAAAGCACCUCUGAUGCGUCUGCACAUACUGGCAGACUUUCAGUCUCUUCUUCCUGAAGAUGCUGAAGAUACUGACGUUAUCGGUGCUCUGCUUUGUGCUCAUCCCAGGAGGCUGGAUGUUACUCAGGGGGGCGGUGCACCUCUUCAGACCCCUCCCGCCCCCAACCCACUUCUCUCUCUGUCUCACACACACACAACACACAAACACCGCAAGCAGACAGGCAGGCUGGCAGCCUUCUCACUACAGCCAGCGCUUCUUGGAGCCGCAGUCACAAGCAGCAUCCCAUGCCUUUCACCUGCUUGGGAGUAAAACACGCGUCCAGUCCGUGAAGCAGCCACGAAGGGCAGGAGCACCGAGGCGUCCGGGUAAACAUGCUGGAAAACGGGAGGAAAGUGUUCAAGGAGGGUCUGCUGGAGAAACGGAGCGACGGGCUGCUGCAGCUCUGGAAGAAGAAACACUGCGUCCUGACCGAGGACGGCGUGCUGCUGCUGCCGCCCAAGCAACACGACCACCAGCAGCACCACGGCGGCGGCGGGGACGCGGGCAAAGUCAAGGAGCUCCACUUCGCCAACAUGAAGACGGUGGACUGCGUGGAGCGGAAGGGUAAAUACGUGUACUUCACGGUGGUCAUGACGGAGGGGAAGGAGAUCGACUUCAGGUGCCCGCAAGACGAGGGCUGGAACGCGGAGAUCACUCUGCAGAUGGUCCAGUACAAGAACCGGCAGGCGAUCCUGGCCGUCAAGUCCACCCGGCAGAAGCAGCAGCUGCUCGUGGUGCAGAUGCCCGGACAAAAGACCGUGCGCAGCUCUCCGAACGUAGCGUGACCUGCGGCGAGUCCCGCAGACACUGGUGCACGAUUUGCGGUUAACUGGACACUCAGCUGGUGGAUGAAUCUGAACCCGAGGUGCAUCUCCCCCUGCCGCUUCCCCGCCGAGCCUCCAUUCUCCAGGAGAACCCCUCUUCCAUGCAGUGGUUUCCACAGACCUGCGCCUCGCCCUUUUUCAGUACAGAGACUUGUUUCACAAAAGACUCAUGGACAAAAAGCAUGUGAGAAAAAAGAGCCGCGUUCUACCAUGCGAUGGGUUUAUCUCUUAUUUAUUAGAAGUGUAUAUAUAUAUUUUCUAUAAAAAUGUUAUGUUGUUGAUAAAUGGAAGAGGAAGGAGUGGCUUUGCGGUUCAUAGCCUACAAGGCCAUUGGAAACAAGCUUGCAUAUGUAUUAGGAUGGAUAUCGUAGGUUAGCCAAACCAGUUCACUAUUAGUAGAAUGUGUCAUUGUCCAUUGUUUUAUUUUUCAACUGAACCAAAGACUCAUUUCAAAACAUUUUUUUCUCUUGUGCAGUGUUAUAACUCACAAUACUGAAGAUCUGUAGGGAGUCUAUAAGCUGAUAUACCUGCUCAGUAUAGACAAGCAUUAUUUUCCGCUCUUCAUCUGUAUAGCGGCAGCAUAUGGGAGUGUUUUACAGUGUAAAUCCAUCAUCAGUUUGUUUUUGUUUUUUUGCUGCAUUCAUAGAUACAGAAGUUGUCUGAUAUCUUUGCUUCAUGUGAGUCUUAAAACUACAGAAGAUGCUAGCUCAUCACACUUAGUUGGUUUUCAGUGGUUACAGAGCAGAGCUUAGUAACAGCAGAAGAUUAUUAGUGCAAAGUAAAGUGUGUGUGUGUGUGUUACAACACCAGUGUGCAGAAUCUGAGCUGCAAUCUGAGACAGGUUCAGUGGUUGUGUUAAAUCCUUUCUGGCAUGGCUGAAACACAGAGAAGGAAAACUUAAAGAAACAGCAGACAGUCCCGAUGUUGAAACUGUAAAGCUUCUGUUUUUGAGUUUUACCGUCCUGUUAGGGGCCAAGCGAGUCUUUGCACAGAGCUCAUGUGGCUUUUAAGUUAUAUUAAGUUUCUUACCAACUUCUGAAAUUUCAGAUUCAUAGGAAAUCCAAGUCCUUAUUACGUACAUAAGCAUGAUUGGGUUAACAGUAUUACUAUAGUGAUUGUAGUAUGAACCCUACCUCCUCCUUCAGGGGCGGGCCGAUCUGAACGAAUCUUUGCACAGACAUCAUCACUCAUACAGAGAUUAUUGACAUUUAUACAUUAAAAAAAAAAAGACCUAUUUUAAAUGCCAGGUCUUUGGAUUUUCAUAUUCAUAGUCUCCCCAAAUGCAAUGUUACCUUCUCCGCUUGCAAUUUGUUCCAUGUGUCACGUUAAACCUACUUGGCCCGUGUAAAACUUAAUGGUCAUCAGAAUUUGAUUCUUUCAGAAACUUUGUAACUGAAAGAAUCGACUAGUAAAAACGAGUAAAGCGCUACACAAAUACAUUUACCAUUUGUUCAAAUCACUGCUGAAGACGGAGAAAUUGAAAAAAGUGCUGCAGGUCCAGAUUUUGAGUUGUUCACUGUGAUACUUAUAUCAGUAACUAAUGUAUCAACAAGCAUUGUAGUUGUGCAACAAAAUACUGUGGCAUUUAGACCUGAUAGGUUUUGUUUUCCCAGUUAGCUGUAUUUUGAUAGGAGUUUGUGAAUUUAAGCUAGCCAGCCAUCCAAGUCAUUCGCUGUGCUAACAGACAUUUAUCAUGACCACUGAGAUUCUCUCUGUCUCUGUAGCAGCUCUGCCUCUGAGAAAAGUCUGUAAAACCACAACAAAGUUUUAAUAGGCACGACAUACUUUUCAUGUGAAAGCAAACAGACCGAUAAUACUUUGAAACGGUGUGGUACAUGGCAACAUUUACAGGGACGUGCUGGGUAAUGGGCUCAGAAAUGUCCUUUAUUGGUUUUCACGAUGGAGGAAUAUCUGUCAGGAAACAUUUUCUCUCACUGUGGCUCGUGUCGUUUCCUGUUAGCUGGCAGUUCCCCUCUGCUAUCCCCACUUGCCAGCGUUUCACCGGCAGACCAGCACAUGUCUCCGUGUUGUUGUCAUCUCCCACACGGGGUCACAGCUUUGCCCUUUAUCUAAUGCAACUGGUGUGAUGCUUCUCUGACAUUCCUUCCUGUUGCCAUCAUGACACACACAGUUAUAGCUGUGCCCUUUGUAGCCACUGUUCAAUUUCUUAUUUCAACGUGAGAUCUAUUUUCAUACCUCGAUACAAGAUACAUUCCAUUAAAAAAAACAAAAAAGCAAGAAAAAACAAAAAACCAAA